GAAUAUGUCCAAACAAGUUUUAAGAAACGCAUUGGAGCCACCAAUAAUCUCGCAGAACAGCCAAAGUUUCCUGUUUCUGGUUUUCCAAAAAUACCCUUCCUCAUUUCGCCUAUAAAGAAGAGGACCUUCCCUUCAACAAUUUCUCAUUACUCACAAUCACAAAAACUUUGAAGCAAAAGAGUAAUAACUAAUAUAAUACUGCUAAAUUAAUUAUUUAUUUUAAUAAUCAUGAGUUACCUUAGCCGUGUUUGGGUUGCCACCACCGUCGCCGUCGUGAACAGCCACGCCGAUCACGGCCAGAAAUUGAAGUCUGGCAUCAAAUCCCUCAACCACAGCACAAAACGCUUCUCUUCCUCUUCUUCUGCUUCCUCCGGCGCCGGAGCCGAUGGUCUCCGGCCGAUGUCCGGUAUGUUAGGAUCGGACGUCGGCGGGUUUAUUGGAGGUGGAAAAGGCGAAGAUAAGAGGAGACAAGCUGAUGAGUCACUCCGGCAAGUUAUGUACUUGAGCUGCUGGGGGCAAAGCUGAGGUGUGGUGGUAGAUCGGAAGUUUUCCUGUCCGGCGAUGGGAAGGGGGAAGUGAGUUGACCGAGUUGACUCGGCUGAUCCUGUUUGGUGCAAAUUGCUGUUUAAGAGUUGGAUGUCAGAAGUAUGACCUCUAAUUGUAAAUUUUGUGUAUAGUUUAACCGUUGUAAAGUUAACUACUUUGGGCGUUUAGUCCAACAUGAUAAUGGAAAAAGGAAAUAAAAAAUGUUUAGCAAAA